AUGAGCUGCUUACAAAGACAGGAGCGCCCAAAGCCCUCUCAGGGACAUCACCAUGCUGCGAGCAGGAAAGUCAUACAGAUGAAUGUGAAGCUUCUAGGUAUGGAGGGAGAUACAGACCUACAGUUCCUACUUCAGGGUGGAGACCUCCUCAAAGUUCGAUCUCAGUCUUGGAAGAAGACGCGAUACUUCAGGCUUCAGGAGGACUGUAAAACCAUGUGGCACGAGUCCAAGAAACCAUUCAGGAGCAACCCCACCUUUUCCUUGGAUGACGUCUCUGCUUUACGUUUGGGCCGCCAGUCAGAAGGGUUAAAGAAGUACACAGAAGAACAGGUGGAUGGACGCUGCUUCUCCAUCGUCUUCAAAAGUCGGCGGAAAAACCUGGACCUAAUUGCCAGUUCUGACGAGGAGGCAAAGCAGUGGGUCAAUAGCAUGGAGAAAAUUAUUGCCAAUUUAAACAACCUAAACCGCCAGGAGAAGACCGAGCAUUGGAUCAUGGCAUGCCUGAUGAAGGCAGACAAAAACAAAGAUGCCAAACUAAGUGAAUCUGAGGUCAAGGACUUCAUGCGUUUGAUCAAUGUUGACGUGGAUGACGACUACACAGACAUGCUUUUCAAGAAAUGCGACACGUCAAAAAGUGGAUAUCUUUCAGGAAAAGAGAUAAAGAACUUGUAUGACCUGUUAACCGAUCGUGAAGAAAUUGAUGUCAUUUAUGGAGAGUACGCCAAAACUACUGGCUAUAUGAACCCUAGCAAUCUGGUAGACUUUCUACUGACGGAACAGAGAGAGAAAGCUUCUUUGACAGACGCUCACCAAAUUAUUGACAAGUAUGAGCCAGAUGAAACCGUCAAAGCCAAGAAGCUGCUGUCCAAAGAUGGAUUCCUCAUGUACCUGCACUCUCCUCAGAGCCUCAUCCUGAAUGUGGAUCAUAGAGACAUUUACCAAGACAUGACUUUGCCCCUGAAUCACUACUUCAUCUCCUCCUCCCACAACACAUACCUCAUGGAGGACCAGCUCAAGGGGCCCAGCAGCACUGAGGCCUAUGUCCGGGCUUUGCUGAAGAGCUGCCGCUGUGUGGAGCUGGACUGUUGGGACGGUUCUGAUAACGAGCCGGUGAUCUACCACGGCUACACGCUCACCUCCAAAAUCCUCUUCAAAGACGUCAUCAAGGCCAUCAAAGAUUAUGCAUUUAAGGCGUCUGAUUACCCGGUGAUCCUCUCUCUGGAACACCACUGCAGUGUGGAGCAACAACAAGUCAUGGCCCACCACAUGAGCUCCAUCCUGGGCAGUGCUCUUGUGACUAAACCCCUGGGAGAGGGCAUGCCCGAAACCUUCCCAUCUCCUGAGGAACUUAGAGGAAAGUUCUUAAUCAAAGGAAAGCGGUUAAACAAACUUGAGUCUUAUUUCACUCAAGAAGCAGAUGAAGACACCGAUGUAACAGAGGAGGAAGAGUCAGACAAUGACGAAGAGGUUGAGGAGAAAGAAAAGACCCCAAAAAAGAAGUUGAAAUUGGCCAAAGAGUUGUCUGACAUGGUGAUCUAUUGCAAGAGUGUGCACUUCAAUGGUUUCGAGGAUGCAAGGAACAACUUGAGCUUCUACGAGAUGUCGUCAUUCAAGGAGGGAAAGGCAAAGAGACUAGCAUCAGAGUCUGCUAAUGCUUACGUUCGACAUAAUGUGAACAAACUGAGUCGGAUCUAUCCCGCCGGCUCAAGGACGGACUCCUCCAACUACAAUCCGGUGUCGCUGUGGAACGCAGGCUGCCAAAUCGUUGCCUUAAACUUUCAGACGACUUGUGAAGACAUGGAUGUGAACCAGGGCAGAUUUCUGGUGAAUGGAAAGACUGGGUACAUCCUGAAACCAUCCUUUUUGAGAGACCCAGCGACAGACUUUGACCCCAUCACCCUGACCAGGGGAGAAUGGCUCAAACACAAGACUUUCCAUGUCAUGAUUAUAUCAGGUCAGCAACUUCCAAAAAUAAGUAAAAAGAAAUCCUCAAUUGUGGAUGCAAUGGUCAAAGUGGAGAUCCAUGGAGUCCCAGCAGAUGUGGCAACAAAAGAGACCAACGUAGUUGAAAACAAUGGUUUUAACCCAUCUUGGAAUGAAAAUUUCCAAUUCGAUGUCUAUGUACCAGAGUUGGCAUUGGUGCGAUUUGUAGUGGAAGACCAUGACUCCACGUCUGGUAAUGAAUUUGUCGCCCAAUACACUCUUCCCUUCAAUAGUCUACAAAUGGGUUACAGACACAUUCCUCUUCUCAAUAAGACCGGAGAUGUUCUUCCAUCAGCGGGACUUUUUGUUCACGUCAUGGUUCUUGACGCUUAA